AUGGGGCGCACGGUGCUCUCCGAUGAAGAAGGUAUGUUUUUUUCGCUGAUUUCUGCGGUUUUCGUGGUGAUUUGUGUGCAUUUGCUGAUGGAAAUUGGUGGCUUUGUUGGAACCCUAGAAGAUGAGAUUGAGGCCGACGAGGAGGAUCCGCGGUCCUCCCGGAGGGGCAGGGACGAUAUGGACGAGCACGACGAUGAUGACGAUGAUGAAGAUGACGAGGAUGGUCAGGAUGAAUUUGAGAAGGAUGACUUCAUAGUGGACGAUGAGGAAGAAGAAGUGGAAGGAGAGGAAGAGGAACAGAAGAGUGAUGAUGAGAGGCGAAGAAAGAAAAAGAAAAAGAAGAGGGAAUCAGAGGACUUCAUGCUUGAUGAGGAUGACUAUAUGUUGCUCCAGGAUAAUAACAUCACUGGCAUCAGUCGCCCAAAGCCUGGAAACAAGUUUAAGCGCUUGAAAAAGGCUGGAAGGGAAUCUGAAAUGGAUGAGCGCUCUGGUUUUUCAGAUGAUGAUGGAACAGGGAAAAAACGCAGUGGCAAGGAGAGAGUGGAGUACAGUUUAUUUGGUGAUCAUCAAGAUACUGCGCCGUUUGAAGAGGACUUCGAGGACGAUCAGCAGGCAGGGGAGGGUGAGGAGGAAGUUGGUGAUGAUGAAGAUGAAAUGGCAGAUUUCAUUGUGGAGGAAGAUGAAAUCGAUGGGAAUGGACAAGUUGUAAGGAGGAAGAAAUUUAAAAAGAAGGUACCACGACAAGCAGCAGGUGUAUCGUCAUCUGCUCUGCAAGAGGCCCAAGACAUAUUUGGUGAUGUUGAUGAGCUGCUAGCGCUAAGAAAGCAAGAGCUUGAGAGGGAGGCUGCUAACUCUGUUGAGUUAAGAGGGGCGAGGCUUGAAGAUGAGUUUGAGCCAUUUAUUCUUGCAGAGAAGUAUAUGACAACAAAAGAUGAGCAAAUAAAAGAAAAUGAUGUCCCUGAGAGGAUGCAGUUGUCUGAAGAGUUGACUGGGUAUCCUCCAACGAAUAAAACGAUGAUUGAGGAAGAGAGUUUAUGGAUACACAGCCACCUAACUGGUGAUGGAUUUCUGUCCUUUUUUGGCAAUGAGCGCAUGAACAAAUUUGACCAGAAGGACAUUGUUAACGUCGUGACCAUGUUGCAUGUCAACAAAUUUGAAAUUCCGUUCAUUGCAAUGUACAGAAAAGAGAGUUGUCCAACCCUAUUAAAAAGCCUCGAUUCUGAUGAGGGUAAUGAUGAGGAUAAUGAGGAUAAGAAAUCUGAUGCACGCAAAAUGAAGUGGCAUAAGUUGCUCUGGGCAGUUCAGACCUUAGACAGAAAGUGGCUACUUCUUCAGAAGCGCAAGGUUGCUUUGCAGUUGUAUUAUGAGAAAAGAUUUGAUGAUGAGAAACGGAGGAUAGAUGAUGUCACAAGGCAAGAACUUAAUAGCCAACUUUAUAAUUCCAUCAUUGAAGCACUAAAGGAUGCUAAAUCUGAGAAAGAGGUGGAGGAUGUUGAUGCAAAAUUCAAUUUACAUUUUCCUCCUGGUGAAGUAGAAGAAGAGGGCCAAUUUAAACGUCCUAAAAGGAAAUCCUUGUACAGUAUCUGUCACAAGGCAGGGUUAUGGGAGGUUGCCAACCAAUUUGGGCGCAGUGCUGAGCAAUUAGGCCACCAUCUGACAUUAACUAAGAUACCUGAAGCAGGCGAGCUUGAGAGCGGUAGACAUUCUCCUGAAGAGGUUGCUGCAAAUUUCACAUGUGCAAUGUUUGAAACACCACAAGAUGUUCUUCGGGGCGCGAGACACAUGGCAGCAGUUGAGAUAGGUUGUGAGCCAAUUGUGAGAAAGCAUGUUCGAGGCAUCUUCAUGAAUAAAGCAGUUGUGUCAACAAGUCCCACACCUGAGGGCAAUACAAUCAUAGAUCCAUAUCAUCAGCUAUCGGGUGUUAAGUGGUUGAGAGAGAAACCACUUAGCAAGUUUGUAGAUGCGCAGUGGCUUCUUAUUCAGAAAGCAGAGGAAGAAAAGCUCCUCAAGGUUACUGUGAAAUUGCCAGAAGAUGCAAAGAAAAAACUCAUGUCUGAAGCACGUGAGAAUUAUCUAAGUGAUUGUGUCAGCAAGUCUGCACAACUGUGGGAUGAGCAACGGAAGAUGAUACUGGAUGAUGCCUUCUUCAAUUUCCUUCUUCCAUCAAUGGAAAAGGAAGCUCGAUCAAUGUUGAUGGCAAAAGCCAAACAUUGGCUCCAUAUGGAAUAUGGGAAACAGUUGUGGAACAAGGUUACUGUUGCUCCUUGGAGGAAGAAAGAUGCGGACAAGAAGGAUGCUGACAUUGAUUUGGAUGAUGAAUCGGAAUUGAGAGUUAUGGCCUGCUGCUGGGGUCCUGGGAAGCCAGCAACCACCUUUGUUAUGUUAGACUCCUCAGGAGAAUUGGUUGAUGUUCUGUAUGCGGGUUCUAUCAGUAACAGGUCUCAAGGUGUCGCUGAGCAGCAGCGGAAGAAGAAUGACCAGCAACGAGUCUUAAAGUUUAUGACUGAUCAUCAACCACAUGUUGUGUGUGUAGGAGCAUCAAACUACAAUUGCAGACAACUGAAGGAUGAUAUUUAUGAGGUUAUUUUUAAAAUUGUAGAGGACCAUCCAAGAGACGUUAACCCCCAAAUGGAAAAUUUGAGCGUUGUCUAUGGUGACGAGUCUGUGCCUCGCUUGUAUGAGAACUCUCGAAUAUCUUCGGAUCAACUUCCUGGGCAGUCAGAGAUACUUUCUUGGAAACUGCACGCACUGGAACAGUUUCUGACUCCUGAUGAGAAGUAUGAAGUUGUUGAGCAAGUAAUGGUUGAUGCAACGAAUCAGAUAGGUUUUGACGUUAAUCUUGCUGCUAGCCAUGAGUGGCAUUUUUCUACUCUACAAUUUAUUGCUGGUUUGGGUCCGAGCAAAGCUUCUGCUUUGCAGAAAGAUCUGGUAAGAGAGGGAUCCAUUUUUAGUCGCAAGGAGCUUGUCAAACCUCUAGGAAGGAAAGUCUUCAUGAAUGCUUCUGGGUUUUUACGUGUUCGGCGGAGUGGUGCAGCUGCAGCCAGUGCUCAACUCAUUGAUCUGCUCGAGGAUACAAGGAUCCAUCCUGAAUCAUAUGUAUUAGCAAAAAAUUUGGCUAAGGAUGUCUAUGUUGAGGAUGGGCAUGAAAUAAAUGAAAUGGAUGAUGACGAGCAAGAGAUGGCGAUUGAGCAUGUUAGAGCAGACCCAAAAAUGCUGAAAGGUCUUGAAAUAGAGGAAUAUAUAAAGAGCAUUUCAGAAGAAUACCGUAAAUUGGAAACUCUGUUGGAUAUAAAGGAAGAGCUGCUGUCCGGUUUUUCUGACUGGAGGAGCCCCUAUACUGAGCCAAGCCCGGAACAGGAAUUCUGGAUGCUUUCUGGUGAAACUGAGGAUACCAUAUCUGAUGGAAGGAUUGUUCAAGUAACUGUUCGCAAUAUACAAGAGAACAAAAUAAUUUGCACCUUUGAUUCUGGUUUGAAAGCCAUAGUUAUGGCAGACAACUAUUCUGAUGAGGGUUUUGAUCCAGAAUCAUCACAGUUACGUGAAGGUGAUGUAUUAACUGGCAAAAUUCGAAACGUGAAUAAAAAUAGGUUCAUGGUUUACCUAACGUGCAAGGCUAGUGAGAUGAGGAGAAGGCCAUUCUCCAGGGGUGAUCAGGAUCCUUAUUAUCACGAACAAGACAUGACCUCACAAACUGUAGAAGAUAAGGCUCGGAAACAAAAGGAACUUGCAAAGAAGCAUUUCAAGCCCCGAAUGAUUGUUCAUCCCCACUUUCAGAACCUGACAGCCGAAGAAGCCAUGCAGUUUUUGUCAGAUAAAGAGCAUGGUGAGAAGGUGAUCCGGCCAAGUUCGAGGGGACCAUCUUUUUUGACACUUACCCUGAAAAUUUUUGAUGGUGUUUAUGCACACAAGGAGAUAACCGAAAGUGGAAAGGAUCACAAAGAUAUUACAAGUUUGCUUCGCCUAGGGAAAACACUAACAAUUGACAAUGAAACUUUUGAAGACCUCGAUGAGGUCAUUGACAGAUAUGUGGACCCAUUGGUAGGAUACCUUAAGAGCAUGCUCUCUUAUCGUAAAUUCAGAAAGGGUUUAAAAAAUGAGGUUGAUGAGAUGUUAAGGGCAGAGAAAGCAGAGAACCCUAUGAGAAUAGUGUAUAGUUUUGGCAUCUCUCAUGAACAUCCUGGCACCUUUAUAUUGUCAUAUAUUAGGAGUACAAAUCCACAUCACGAGUAUAUUGGAUUAUACCCGAAGGGCUUCAGAUUCAGGAAGAGAGACUUUGACAACAUUGACCGCCUUGUGUCCUAUUUCCAGAAGAAUAUUGACAAACCACCACCUGAUGCUGGACCAUCAAUGCGAAAUGUUGCUGCAAUGGUACCUAUGAAAAACUCAGCUUGGGGUUCUGGUGGUGGUGGUGGUGGGGAUGCAAACAGUGGUUGGAGGGGAGAUGGUAGUAAUGAUAGGGACAGACCUUUCUCUGGCAGAUCAGGAGGGAGGUUUGAUUCAAGGAAUAACUCUGGUGGUCGUGGACGAGGACGGGGGCGUGGCCGGGGUAACUUUGGCAAUGAUGAUAAUGGUGGUGGAGGUUGGAGUGGAGGAGGUGGUGGUGGCAACAGUGGAGGGUGGACCGAUAACAUUGGCAGCGUGGGAGGCGGAUGGGGCACAGGUGGCAGUGGUGGCUCUUCCCGGGGUGGUGGUGGUACUGGUGGAGGAUCUGAUGCUGCUGGCUGGGGUGGAGCUGGCGAUGACAGCAACCGUGGCGGUGGAGGCGGCUGGGGAUCAGCUGCUAGUGGUGCUGACAGUGCUGGUGGCGGAAAUGGAGCCUGGGGAGCAGCUGCUGGUGGCUCUAAUGACUCAGGAUGGGGUAGCGCCAAAAAGGCCGUCCCAGCACAGGAUGGUGGAAGCGGCUGGGGGUCUGGCGGUGGUAGUGGCUGGUGA